AACGGGCAUGACUAGUCUUGACUUGAGCAUACACUAUUUCAAUAGUAUGCACUCACUCGUACAAAAAAAUGGAAGAAAAAAAAUGUUUUUGCGCGUCUAAAACGUAACUUACAGUAAGGCAGCUCUCGUUACGUCAUCCAGUGCUCUUGCAGCUUUUCGUUCUACAGCAGCUCUGUCACAGCAGUUGUUUUGGUUUGACUUUGAUUACACAGAUAUUCCUAAUAAAAUGGCUGCAUUAAUCAGGAGGAUUAUCAGUACAACAAAAGCUCCUGCUGCUAUCGGCCCGUACAGCCAAGCAGUGGUGGUAGACCGGACCAUGUACAUCUCAGGACAGCUGGGGAUGGAUCCUGCCAGUGGACAGUUGGUGGAAGGGGGCGUUCAGGCUCAAACCAGACAGGCUCUUGUAAAUAUGGGUGAAAUCCUUAAAGCAGCUGGGUGUGGUUAUGAGAAUGUUGUCAAAACUACAGUGCUCUUAGCUGACAUGAAUGACUUCACCAAUGUCAACGACAUUUACAAGCAGUUUUUCAGCACUAACUACCCAGCCAGAGCUGCAUACCAGGUUGCUGCCCUCCCCAGAGGUGGACUGGUUGAGAUAGAAGCAGUUGCUGCAUUAGGCCCUCUGACCGAUGCUUCCUAACAAGUACAUCUAUAAAAAAAAAAAUACAAACUGGAAACCCCAUGAUCACUGACAAUAAUAGUAUGUGCCUUGUUUUCUAGAGCAGUCAUGAAUUGAAAAAACUAAUUUCCUGUAGAGCACUAAUUAUUUCUAUUAUUACCCUGUCAUACACAUGUUGUGGGUCACUUUGCAGAUUAACAGCAGCCAGUAGCAGUACACUUUCUCCUCUCUCAUCAACAUUGAUGAGACAUGUUUGGAGACAAUACUGCAUUUUAAAUUCCCUCUGCUCACAUUCCACUUACAAUAGCUGAAAAGUAUGUCUAAGCUUGUUUGCUCUGAUUGAAUUACACUAGCAGCCGUGGCGUCACCAGCCAGCAGUGUAUCGUCUCUCGUUGUGCCAGAGGAUGGAUGAUCAUAUACAACUCAAUAAUAAAUGGUUUUAAUUCGCUUAA